AUGAACGAAACAACACCCUCACCUAGUCCGGCGCCCGGGCCGAAAGCCUCCCCUCGCUCCAAGCCCUCUCCCUCGCCGACGGCCGGGACCAAGCGCAAGAGAACGACCGGAAACAAGCUUUAUGCGGUCAAGAAGGGGAAUAAGCCUGGGAUUUACUACAGCUGGCCUGACUGCCUGGCUCAAAUCACUGGCUUUAAGGGAGCUAUCUUUCAAUCCUUCCUUACCUUCGAAGAUGCCACCGCGUUUCUAUCUGGCGCUAACGUUCCCUCCGCAAAUGCUUCAGCACACGGCGCCGAAAACACACGAUUCUAUGGAGUCCAACGAGGCCGGGUCCCGGGUGUGUAUACGGACUGGACAAAAGCACAAGACCAGAUCCGCGGGUUUACGCGACCCCGGUACCGGAAGUUCUCGACGCGUGAAGAGGCAGAAGAAUUCGUGAAUGCAGGGAAAGAAGGAGCAAUUGCGUCACUUGAAUUUGGCGCUCCUGGCAUGACCACGGAGAAUCCCAAGGACGCAGAUGGUGUCGAGUUUGUAGCUGGUGACGGACCUCUGCCACAAGGUGCGGAGGACGGGUUCGAUCCCAAUGUCCUGCUAGAUCCAGCCACCGGCAAGAUGGUGUACAAGACAGUUGCCAAGAAGGCAGCGACAAAAACACAGGCCGCGGGAAUCCCGGGCAUGUUGCGGAUAUACACAGAUGGAAGCUCACUGCGAAAUGGUACCAAGCUGGCCUCGGCUGGGGUCGGUGUAUAUUUUGGACCCGGAGACUCAAGGAAUGUCUCGGAGCCACUCAAGGGAAGUCGACAAACCAACCAACGCGCAGAGCUGACCGCUAUUCUACGAGCCAUUGAUAUUGCGCCUCGUCAUCGGGAUGUUACAAUCUUCACCGACAGCCGGUAUUCGAUUGACUGUGUGACAGUUUGGUUUGUAAAUUGGCGACGCAAUAACUGGAUGACCAAGGACAACAAGCCAGUUGAGAAUCGCGACUUGAUCGAGUCAAUCUUGGUGAAGAUUGAGGAGCGUAAUGAGUUGAAAGUGAAGACCUUGUUCCAGUGGAUCAAGGGACACAAUCGCGACCCUGGUAAUGAGGCUGCUGAUCGUCUAGCGGUCAAUGGAGCCCACGAAGGAGUGAGGCAAAAGGCCGAGGCAUUGGAAGUCAGUCGGAGGGUGCCUGCAGCGGUAUUUGAAGAUGACUUUUGA